GUCAAUAUACAUCUAGGUCAAAGGUUACAUCCGAAGCCACGGAGGUUCGAAAUACCUAAAGGUCCUAGCAAGAGUCAAGAAGUUUAGUGAUGAGAUACUGAACUUUUAGUUGUGAAGGUAGGACCCACUGAGACAGACAAAGAAUGACUGUUCCGUUGUUGAUAAGAAUAGCUCCUCAGUGUAUUGGAUAUAAAUAUAGGAAUUUUGCAUACAGGUGGUGUAUCCUGUUCUUUACCUUUGUCUGUUAUGUGGCCUACCAUUUGUCUCGCAAGCCUAUCAGUGUGGUCAAGAGUGUUCUCCAUCACAAGAACUGCAGCACAGUUCCUCAUGACAAGACAGUCAAUGUCACCAAUCCUUACUGGUGUGACUGGGCACCCUUUGACACCUCCAGCUACAAGGAUUUGCUGGGUACCUUGGACCUCAGCUAUCUCAUAGCCUAUGCGGUGGCCAUGUUUAUCAGUGGCCAUAUAGCAGACCGUACAGACCUGAGGUUGUACUUGUCAGGUGGGAUGAUUAUGAGUGGUGUCUUCACAAUAGGGUUCGGUCUUGGGUAUUUUUACAACAUUCACAGCUAUGCCUUCUACAUCAUCAUGCAGAUUUUAGGUGGUGUAUGUCAAGCGACAGGUUGGCCUGGUGUUGUUGCAUGUGUAGGAAAUUGGUUUGGCAAAGGAAAACGUGGGCUCAUCAUGGGAAUCUGGAAUGCUCACACCAGCGUUGGCAAUAUUCUUGGCUCUGUCAUUGCUGGAAUCUAUGUGGAGAGCAACUGGGGACUAUCGUUUGUUGUACCGGGUGUGAUCAUCUGUGUUGUUGGCAUCCUAGUCUUCCUACUCCUUGUGCCUCAUCCUAAAGAUGUUAACUGUGAAUUGCCAGAUCAUUCGGAUCAUGCCAGAGUAAAGUAUGUCAGCAGAAGCACAGAGUCCUUAGCUAAUGGAGAGCAGAAGAUAGGCAAUGACAGCGAGACAACAGCGCUUGUUCCCUCAAGCAACCAAGAGAAGCCAAUCACAAUAUUAAAGGCUUUGACCAUUCCAGGUGUUAUAGAGUUCUCCAUGUGUUUGUUUUUUGCCAAACUCAACUCUUACACAUUUCUCUACUGGUUGCCAAAUUACAUAGCAGAGAAAACCACUGUCUCAGCCUCAGAUGCUGCCUACACUUCAACCAUUUUCGAUGCUGGUGGCAUUUUAGGUGGGAUAUUGGCUGGCUACUUGUCUGACAGAUACAAGAUGAGAGGGCUAACAUGUUUUAUUUUUUUAAUCAUAGUCGCACCAAUGUUAUUUAUAUAUGACCAGUAUGGCCACACUGUCCCAUUUUAUGCUAAUUGCUUGAUGCUGGCUCUUUGUGGGCUUGGUGUGAACGGUCCCUACGCUCUCAUUACUACGGCAGUCAGUGCUGAUCUGGGGACGCACAAGUCCAUCAGGGAGAAUUCUAAAGCUCUAGGAAUGGUCACCGCCAUUAUUGAUGGCACUGGAAGUAUAGGUGCUGCUAUUGGUCCAAUGUUGACUGGAGUUGUCUCAGCCACUGGGUGGGACAAUGUCUUUUAUAUGCUAAUAGCAGCAGAUUUUAUAGCAGCAUUUGUUUUGAUUCGUGUGGUCAUCAAAGAAAUACGCCAUCGGUUACGAGGAGAGAUGGACACUGUGGUGAUAGUUUUACCAAAAAUGACAAGGUGUAGGCUUGUAAGUCUGGGUUUACUUUGUAUAUUUUGUCUUGGUUUUUUAUUACGAGGAAAUGUAUAGCUGCUGGUGUUUAUAUCAAUUUUUGUUUAGCGUUCAUGUAAUUUAUUUAUUUCAUUUGUUUUCUGUUCAUUACUAAGUAUGUUAAAUAUCAGACAUAGCAACUAUUCUUAUUACUUGUGAUUGUUCUCAUAUUCUGACCAUGCUUUCAUUAACUCUCAAACUGCCUCACCGUUUCAAAUACUGUUUACAUGAAGACUUCACACAUCUUGCUUAUAGUUGCUAAAGAGUUAACUAUCAUUUGGUGUUGUUUCAGACAUUACUGCUAUUUUCUUUGAUAUAGAAUUUUUAUAUUUUAUAUGUACAUAAACCUUGAUGUGAAAUGUCCUCAAUGUGAAACAUGUCCUCAAUGUGAAACAUGUCCUCUUAUAAGCUUUGUAGUUUUGCUUCCUACUCUAGAUCUGAGCACUUACUAACAAUAGACAAUGGCAGUUUAUAUUAUAGGGGAGGUAUAUGGAUAUGCUUAUGCUUCUUACUUUUGCAUAAUUCUUGAUGCCCCACAUAUCAAUAAAAAAUAAAUAAAGCUAGUGCACUGGUAUGAAUCAAAUGAUGUAAAAAUUUAGUCACUUAAUGCUUCUGUUGAAUUGUAAUGCAGAAUAACUUACCCCAUUUCAAAAUGUAAUUUUAAGUAGAAAUAUUUUAAAUAGAGUUUUUUUUGCAUAAAUUUAAGGAAUCUUUGUCCCUAGUGCUCUUAGAAACGUCUAAGACCAUAGCUAUUAGUUUCAUAGCUUUUACCUUCGUACUCUAUUUAAAAAAUUCUCACCAAGACAACUUAAAUGACUUCAGGAAAAGCAAUAUUACUUUAGAUUUCCUUGGGCUGUUAUCACAAUUAAUCAUAAAUGUCCCAAGUUUUUCUCUAAUCAUCAUGUAAAGUAAAGUAAAGUUUCCUUUCAGACCUUGUGGUCUAUUGGGCAGAUGAUGUAAAGGUCAUCUGUUUCUGUGGCCUACGGUUAACAAGGGUGUCAUGUGGCCAGCACAACAACCAACCGCCUUUACUUUUCCCCAACUAAUAUAUGGGUGGACUCCGAAGCAUCCAAUGAUCCCGAAAUUAAAAAUCCCAGUCUUCACCAGGAUUCAAACCUGGGACCCCCAGUUCAGAGGCCAAGUACUUUACCACUCAGCCACCGCGCUUCCUAAUCAUUAAGUAUUUUGUCCUUAAGCCACUACUGACUUUACACAUGCUAUAUUUUAUUUUUAAAAAUCGAACACCAUCGAAUGUCAGAAUUAGAUUUACAAUGCUAUUGAGCUCAGAUUUAAUUUUAGAAAACUUAAGAUCCAGUUGAGGUUGAAUUGUAUCAUCAUUUACAGUUUGUAAACAUAUUUUAUUAAAUCUGUGUGCUAGAAUUUGGUCCUACCAUUGUGAAUUUUUUAUAGCGUCAUCUUGGUGACACAUCCUUGUGCAUUGAGUGGUAGGAGGUCUAAGAGAGGUGGUCUAGUAGGAUACAAUGUACAAUCUUAUUAAUGCUGAACUUAUGAUGUUGCUGGAUGAAGCUAAAUACACAUGUGAAUUCUAAGUACCGUACUAAGUCUCUGUGUCAAUAAUGUGAUGACAAACUUGUAUGUAGAAUGUAGCAAGGGUUUGGGUGUCACCACAUGACCUCUGGGUGGCAAAGUAUUAACACUAUUUAUCAGAAGAUAUAUAUAUAUAUAUAUAUAUAUAUAUAUAUAUAUAUAUAUAUAUAUACUCAGACUAAGCUAAAAGAAAUGAUGAUGCUUCCAGGGUUCUUUACAUUCCAGAGGUUUUUUUUUACACUAGACACCUCCUUUCUCUUUUCUGACUUGAUUGAACAAGGUUGUAUCACCUAAUUAUUAUUUCUUUAUCUGCUUCAUUUUCAUUUAUUCUGCUUGAGGGUCUUUAAACUUGUUGGUUUGUUUUUGUACAUAUAUGUAACAUAUACAUUAAACUUACAUUCUCUCGAGGCUUAACAUGUAUUUAAUUUUCAUCCACAUUAUUUCUGCUUCAUCAUACAUGCAUAAUUUUGUAGCUAUUGCGGUUUGAAAUGAUUGCCAUAUGAUCUCAUUAUCAGUUAGUAUUUAAUAACCUCUUAGUAUUAUAUUGAAUUAUGAAUUCAAAUAUAGAUUUAUAAAUAUUUUGUGCGAAUAGGAUUUGUUUUAAAAAGUUAGGUGCAUCUCCCUAAACAGGUUGAAGAGCAUUUACCUACUUUGCCAUUUUCUGAUCAUCAUAAGGAAUAAAUAGGUUUAGGGGACAGAUUACUAAAUUAAUAAAAAAAAUAUGAGACAAACAUGGUUUUUGGUUUGUGUUUUAAUAUAACUAUAACACCUUUGUUAUACAAAAAAGUGAUUAAGUGAUAAUUGGUGAUUGUAGAUGGGAAUAAACUGCUUCAUUGUUAAAUUAAUCAGUGUCUUAUAGUCUUUUACUGAAAGAGUUUUCACAUUCCUUGUAUUCAAUAAAAUUAACAAAAUUCAGUGAUAUUAUUUAUAUAUAACUGCUAUAUCUGUAUAUAGUUCCAUCUUUUAUUGUGUGAUACAUAUUUGUUUGCUAAUUAUUUAUCUUAAUUUAUAUGAAAUGUUUUUAGAUUUUAAACAAUUGGUUUGAAAUCUUCUCUUGAUUAUUUUUAAUGAUUUUAAAAUAAUAAAAUUAUAACUAGAAAACAAAUUAUAACAUCUACAUGUAUAAAAAAUACAUUUAAUCUUGAACUAUUUAAAGUAAUUUAAAAUCCUUCACAUUACAGUCCUACAGCCAUUUUACUUUUAAGCUUAUAUGUCAUUUAAUUACAAAAAUAAUUUAGCUUUUAAAAAUGGUUUUCACUUUGUCUCUGUUGUACCAUCUGCACUCUGUAGAUGUACAGCAUUGGUUUCUUAACAUCUUACACCAAAAUUGAAUGAAACAAAAAGCACAUUUACUUUAUUAAUAUUUUCUUUGACUCUCUUGUCCCACCUGGCAAGUUUUUUUGUUUUUAUUUUAUUGACAGUAUUACCCAUUUAUGAUUACUAUUAUUAUAUUCCAUUAUUGUUUCUUGGUCAUAUUUAGAGUGAGUAGCAGGUAGCAUUCUGGUUGAUUGUGUGGCUGAGAGAGAAAGCUGAAUAUUAUGAUCUAAAUGCCCUAAAUGUAUGAACUCUUAAAAGCUACGUCUUUUGAAAGGAAGUGAAUAUUUCUAACAGCAUUGUUUCAAUCAUAGCCCACGCUUUCAUUUUGUUUCUAUCAGAUGACCCUUAGUCACUUUGCCAUUGGCAUAUUUCUGUAUUAAUCUAAAUCAGCUGUAGUGAAGGUUUUCCUUCAUUGCUGGCAUGUUGUUCCACUUGUUUUAAAUGUGAGAGAUUACACUAAGGUUGAUAGUUUAUCCAAACAAGAGUGCAAUAACCUAUUGAUUGAAAGACUGAAUAUAUCUGAAUUUACGAUGUACACAUUUGAUUGUUUUUGUUCUAUAUUCCAUAGGACAAUUAAUUGAGAGCCUAAUAUUAACAAUAAAUUUAAUUUAAUAUGUGCAUAUACAUGCUUUUGUUCUGUACCCUAUAGGACAACUGAUUGAAAGCCUAAGUUUAAUACUUACUAUAAGGUUAAAUGAUUUAAAUCAAAUUACCUUUUUUUUUUUCUUUUUUUUUUUUUCUCUUAAACACUGAGACUGGUGAAUGAUUUCACUCGUUACACCUGCUAUUUCUAGGACUGCAUAUUGCUCAGAAGUUACACAAACUAGUAGUAUAUUUUAUUACAUCCAUUUGAAAACUUAAACAAUAAAAAUGGAUUUUAAAUCAAAGCUCUUCUUAACAACAUGCUGGUGUAGUAAGUGACAUUUGUCUUUCUCCUUGGGGGUUGUUUGUGGGUUUUUUUGCUCCCUAUCUUUGUUUUUUUGAGGUUUUGUUUUCAUUUCAAUGUCUUGUGGGUUUCAUCACUGUCUAGGUUUUUGCUAUUUGAGAAAAAUAUGAAAGGGCUACAGAUUAAAUAAAGCUGCUUUUCUUUUGUUUAACUUAGUUAAAUCUAGUUUAUGUCAAGUUUUUGAUGCAUGGCUCUUAAUGAUCGUAAUAUACAUAAUAUAUUAAAUGUUAAUUACAUGAUAAAGCAUCCAUGUUUAAAAUGUUUGUUGUAUAAAUAAAUACCCAAUGUUGUUUUAUUUUCUAUGUUCAUACUGUUUGCUCAAGAUAAGAGAUGUGAGUCUUUGGAUAGAAUGUCUUUCAAUUUACUUGAAUAUAAUAAUGUUAGGCAUAAUACUAGGGCUCAUUGAAACAUGAGAGAAAGUCUCUAGAAAAUGUUAUCACAUCAAAAAAAGCAACUUAACAACUUCUCUUCAACCCUCUAAGUAACUUAGCUUGUUAUUGUUGAUGAAGCGACUGCUAAUAAUUUCAUCCUGUGCUACUGGCUGCUACCAUCAAAUGCAUAAUAAGACUUGCUCAUAUAAUUGACUUGCCAAUAUAGAAUUCUCUAUAGUCUAUGUGUUUGGCACUGUCCUGGGAUUUAAAAAAUAAACAUUUUAAGGCCUAUUGUUUUUGUUGCAGGUUUAUAGAUGUUUACAUAGAUGUUAUGUAUCCAACUGUAUUGAAAUAAAUUAUUGAAAAUUGGUCUGAUUGUCUGAGUCAAUGUUUAAAUGCUUAGACUCUUUGAUUCUCUCUUCAUUUUUUUGUAUGAUGUAGGAGACUAUAACUAACUGCCUUGAUAGCAUUGCUGUGUCUACAGUCUGUUCUCAUCUUUUUUAUUAGGAAAUAUAUUUUAAUUUCAUUUUUUGUUAUUUUUUUUUUUUUUUAUUUCUGUCAUCAGGUCUUGUAAUUUACUAAAUAGCAGUAUAUAUUUAAAUAUUUCUUUAUUAACAUUUUCUGUUAAUGAACAAAAUAUUUGAACAAUUUUUUAUUUAGAAAGAGAUACUUAUUUUGACUAAAUUUUAACAACCCUUUAAGACAACUUUCUGAUCCUACUUCUUAGUGUGUCUUGUAGGUUGUAUUAGUACAUUUUGAUAGAAUUUGUGUUCUAACAUCGGCACUGCAAAUCUCAAUUCAAAACUAGAAAUAUAAAUGUGAAUAUUUCUCUCCAAAGUCUUUUUUUUUUGUCUGUUGUUGAAGGAGUACCGGUACUAUAAUGUAUAUGACAUUUAAAUUGACAUAAACACAGUUUUUUCAUUAAAACCACAAAAAUUUCAGUUAUAAAAAAAAAGUGUGUUUGUUUACUGUUAGUUAGUUUUCUCUAAACUCCCUAUGUGUGUAUUUAUACAUUAUUUUGUUCUCAACAUUGUCUUUUAGUUAUUGCUGUAGAAGUUUGGGACUGAGAGUUAAAUGUUCUUUGAGAGGAAAUGUCAGAGAUUUGGUUCUAUUGAUAUUUUUGUAACAUUCAAGUUCUAUUCAUAGAUCUUUUAAAAAUUGCCAUUGUUUAGUCAUUUUACUGUCUUUGUAUAGUAUAGUAAAUUCUCUGUGUAGACUGGGCUUUAUGACAAGGACAGUUGUUGUUUUUUUCACUGAUUCUUCUAAGUGCCAUUAGUUGUUUUUCUUAUGUUACAAGGUCCUCUGCUGAAACCAUUAGUCUGUUUUCCUUACAUUCUUAUGUUACAAGGUCCUCUGCUGAAAUCAUUAGUUUUACACUCUUAUGUUACAAGGUUCUCUGCUGAAACCAUUAGUCUGUUUUCCUUACAUUCUUAUGUUACAAGGUCCUCUGCUGAAAUCAUUAGUUUUACACUCUUAUGUUACAAGGUUCUCUGCUGAAACCAUUAGUCUGUUUUCCUUACAUUCUUAUGUUACAAGGUCUCUGCUGAAAUCAUUAGUUUUACACUCUUAUGUUACAAGGUUCUCUGCUGAAACCAUUAGUCUGUUUUCAUUACAUUCUUAUGUUACAAGGUCCUCUGCUGAAAUCAUUGGUCUGUUUUCCUUACAUUCUUAUGUUACAAGGUCCUCUGCUGAAAUCAUUAGUUUUACACUCUUAUGUUACAAGGUCCUCUGUUGAAAUCACUCUGUGCCUUUAAUAACCUUUUUUUUUUUUUACACUUUUUGAAUACUGACAAUCUUUUGUUUUGUUCAUUGUGUGUAUGUGUCUGAUCUUAGUUUUUAGUUUAACCUCUAAAUCAGACAGUUUUAAUUACCAUUCAUUAAAAAUGUAACUAUUUUUUAGCAUUGGAUUUCUAGUUCUAUUUGACUUGAUCAGGAACAAUUGUUUAAACAAGUCUUUUGUCACAAGUCUUACACUUUGAUAGUUAAAUUAGAUUUUUUUAUCUCUGAUACUUUGAAAAUCUAUUACAAAAAAAAAUAUCCUACAAGAAUUUGACUAAUUAAUUGGAUUUUUAAAAAUGCUCUCAUUUACUCAAUUGUGUUUUACUAUAGGAAUAUUUUAAAUGUCAAAUUUAGAGUAUUUAUUUAUUUAUGAAUGGAAGAAUAUUUGUAUUGUAUGUAAAUAUAUUUAAAUUGUUUGUAAAACUUCAGUUCCUACAAUCUAAACACUCUGAUAAACUAAACGUAAUGAUAAUGUGAGUUUACAAUAGUUUUGCACUCUUCAAAAAAUAUUCAUAGGUCAGUUCUCCAAAAUCUGAAUUAGUAAAGAAUAACUAUUGUUAUUAAAAAAGUUGUUCCAGUUUAAAGUAACAUGAUUAGCUUUCAAUAAAGCCUUACUUACCUAUAAGCAGCGCAAGCUUUAGCUUAGGGCCCCAAAAAAUAUUUAGCACCAACAUAUAAUAUCUGGACUUAAAAAGGCAGCAUAUCUGAAAUAGCUUCGGGCCUUUCAAAGACUAAAUACAACACAUAAACCAGAACCACUUAAUUAUUUAGGAUUUUAAAAAGAAAUAUUCAUUUUGUUGUUUCCUUUAUUUAAUGUACAAUGAAUGUGUAUUGGAGGGAAUUCUGAUAAUAAUACUGAGUUUUUUUAUUAUUCAGAAAGAAAUUAAUUCAACAAAUGUACACAAUAUUUACCUUUAAAGAAACAGAACAGUACAAAUAUAUGCAUCAAAAUAAUUGAUAAUACUUUUAAGAAUCAAACAAUUACUGACAUAUAUAUAUAUAUUUAUCCUACAUUGGUAAAUAAAAAAAAAGCCAUUGUAUUUAUUAUUUCUCAUAUCUAUAAAAAAAAAAUAAAUAAAGACAUUAAAGCAAGAGAAAACAAAUGUUUCUUAUUGUUGUCUUCAAUUUCGACUCAUCAAUUAUGUGACUUUAGAAAUGUUUUAGGACAGCAUGGUACAGGGCGUAGUUCAUGUGUUUAAUUAUACAAUUUGUGUGUUGUUAGGAUGUGUCCUUAAGAUCUUAUUCAUGCUGGGUAUUUAAAUGGUCAAGUGUAUAUGUGUUUUAAUUCGGAUUUAUGCUUCAAUUAGUGUAUAAGCAAUGGGUAUAUUUACUAAUUACAUUUGAUAAGUCUUUCAUUUUGAUGUUGAAUGCUAGGUCCUACCUUAAGAUUUUAUGUGCCGAAUGUCCUAUUACUUUAUCAUGUUGUUGUUUUUUAUGAAGUACAUCUUUGUUUUUUAAUUAGGUUUAGGACUUCUUGAAUAAAUUGAGCUAAAUGUAAACUUUGAUUUUGAUUCUCUUGAAUUUCUUAAAUUUCCAGUGAGGAUUUUUUUUUAAACACAUUUAGAAAAGGCAGCUAUCAUUAUUUCAAACUUUGACAAAGUUCUGUAAUAAGGAAGACUUAUUUAAUUCAUUGGUUCGGGAGUAAUUGGAUUCAUUGAUUAGAAAGCAAUACAUUAUUUUGUAUGCAUUAAAACUGUAUUCAGUAACUUACAUCAUAUUUGUAAUUCAAUUAUUAUCAUCCUUAUCCUUUGUUAGAAUUGUAUUUAAUGUGUAAAAUGAUGUAUGCUUUUUUAUAAUGGUUAUUGUUACCUUAGUUUAUAUGGUAUUAUAAGUCAUUUAAAUUAAACACAAUGUUGUGUCAAAUAGCGAAUGUUUAUGGUUCAUGACACAAUGGAACUGUUUAGGCCUUGGCGGAACUAGCAUAAGUAUUCUUAAUGUUUCGUGUGUUUUUGAUGUCAAGUGUCAGAGUGUGUUCCAAAGUUUUCUCCUAGAAAUCUGUACCAUUCUCUGCUGUGUGUGUAUAUAGCUGUUUGAAGUUGGGAAAUAUUUAUAUGGAAAUUACAAGUUUUACCAUUGCAAACUAAAAAACCACUAUAUUAAUAAAUAUAUUUUAUACAA